CUGUCGAUCAUCACAGAUCACACCUGAACUUAUCCACUACUUGAUGACAACAACAGCUUGAUUACACAACCGCUACCCGUUGGGUAAUCAGCCAGCCACUUGACAAUCGAUACCGCCUAACAGACAGACGGAAAAAUCGAGAUACAAUAAUAGUAUAAUAGAGUAUCGAAUAUAUUUCUUCGAACGACUAUCAUUAGCGUACGUUAGUGCUGAACAGCAUUCUGGCCUAUUAUACCUACAUCGGUAAACAAGACGAGAAGCGACCUCGAUUCUUCCAUAAUCCUCGUAUCGAGUUUACGAGCGAUCAUUUUCCAUACACUUUGCCGGUCGUCAAUUUGGUGCGAACAACAACCAAAGAAACGAUAUGGUGCGCUGUUUACUGUCGUCUUCCCCUCUCCCCCUCUUCCUCGCUAUCACUCUUUCUUGCCAGUGCCUUUAGCCAGCCCGCUUAUGAGAGCAUUGUUAUUGUUAUUAUUGUCUUCUGCGUGUGCACGAUACGACCGUCCUGUCCCGGUGCACGCUGUGAUGGUCUCGUUUUCCCCCCCCUGUCUGUUUACCGAAGCAGCAGUACUCAGUGGCAUUGGCGUAAUGAGUAGGGGUACAAAAUUGUAGCACCGAUCAUUGGGCAGUCGGUCGGAUCAGAGUAUCUGCUGUUAUCGUUAAAUCUCGCAUUGCGUAUGUGGCGGUUCGGAGUCCGCCGGCUGCGACACUAAAUUCCUGGCCUGUGUCGCCUGUUGUUACGUGCGGCAUCUCAGUCAGCCUCCCUGCAAAACUAACAGCAAGCGGCCGGUAAAUUGGUUGCAUUAGCAGUGGCAAUUCAAGCCGCCUGGACAGGUCGGAGAGUCAAGCCAUAGGUCGUUUCCCUAACACAACGUAAUAAACGCCGACCACUCCAGUUAGGAAUACGGGGUCGUUCAAGAUCAGCUACUGCGGGUGACUGGUAGUGCAGCUCUCCGUAGUGUGUCGGACUCUUCGUGUUUGACGUUGUUAUGAUUAUGUUACUAUGAUUACGAUCAUGUAGACAAUGCGCGACGGUGGGAUGUUCGAGCGUGUUUAUUUAUUUAUCACCUGUGUGUAUACAGGUGCUUAUUGUGUAGGGAAAAACAGGACGAAUAACACAAAGCAAUUGAGAAAUAAUCGGCGGACUGAAUAACGGGUUAAUGAGCUGAGACUAAUCGGAAUCGUUAACGAGUGCGACGAGGUGGCGAAGCCCCGGUACGAGGUGCAGAGUAACCCUUAGUGCCCAUGCAAAUCCCGCGAUACCGGAGACGACGACGACGACGACGACGACGACGACGACGACGACGACGACGACGACGACGACGACGACGGUCAUUUUGCUAGCGGCAGUAGCGCGAAUUUAUUUCUUUCCAAUGUCGCUAACAAGCAGCAGGAACAAUGUGGAUACAAGUGGUGUUAAACAGAUCCUUCGCAAGUAGACUGCUUUCUUUGUCUCUGUAAACGAUCCUGCUGGUUCCGGCGCAUAAUGCUGCUAAAAUUGUUUACCUACAUUUGGUUUUAGGUUUACAGUUGACGCCAUUAUUAUUAUUAUUAUUAUUAUUAUUGAUGAUGAUAACUGAUAGCACCAGUUUAAGUGUCUUUCCAUUCCAAGACACACGACAAGGGAAGGCUACUUCUAAUCGAUCCGUCGUAAAGAUCGAUUCAUUUCACUUUUUUAUCUCAGUUCUUUCUGCGGUUGUCGGUCAGUGUCUAUGCUCACCAUCAGUCGGCGAAUUUUGUGCUCGUACUUCGACUUCGGAUCAGAUCGAUAUGCUUCGAGCCCAUGUUUGUUAUGCGUGUGUAUUGGGUUAUCAUAAUCGUUCCGCGAAUAGGUUGUGGUUAGUCAACUAAUGAAUGCACGAAAAGCUCAAUAAUAACAGUAUUACUACUAAUCGUUGUGGAUCAGUGCGCAAUUAAAUCGCAUAAUUUUGCAGCAUUUUCACAAGGUACGUGUUGUCGACGCUGCGGUACGUGGCUGUAAGCGGAUACAGUGUCAUAAUAUUGUCGCUUUUCCGGUUGAGCCUAAAGCGGAUCAGCUGAUCGGCUUGAUGUAGUACGCGAAUGGAAGCGGCGGCUAGGUAAAUAGCUAACUACUGCAAAACGGGCCAAAGAUAUCGUUGGGAGGCACAAUGUUAGUACUAGCGGCGACGAAAAAGGUAGCUCAAAAGUGUUCGACAAAUCGAGAAGAGUCGACCACAUGAAAUAUGAAUGCAUCUGAUAGGGCAGCUAAACUAGUUGGAUGAUUGAAGACGGGGCGUGCGCUGUCAUUAGUACAAAACAACAACUGGUAGCGUCUAGUCGAUUGCCGGGCUGCACCAGGAAGUCAAAUUGUACCGAGUACGUAUGAAUUGAAGCUACCCUUCUAGUCAUAAAGUCCCGGGGCGCAUAGAUUUCAUGUUUGAGUCCUGUUUAGCAACAGCAGGCAAAUGGCCUCUCGUUGAGGUGCUUUGUUUCCUAAGGCGGAGUUGCUAUCGUUAAUGACAGCAGAGUAUAGCUUCUACCUGUAUCGGCGCUGACUACAAUAAGAAUAGCCGACAACUUUUCAACUGGGGGGAGGGGAUGAUUCUACCUAAGAAAUUGCCCCAUUUGUACCUCCGCCAUCUCCACUACUGUUGCUACUGUUGUGUGUAUAGUCGGAAAAACUUUCCUUUGUUUACAAUUCGGACAUCUUCAACGUUUAGGAGCCUGUAAAUAAAAUAAAUGGUCCAGACGGUGAUAAUCAUCCUAGACCUCUUACUUUUUUCUACGUAACGACUUGUUCAGAAGACAAUAAGAUUAUCUAUUGAACUGAAACCGACGAGUACUAAAACAACAACUGUCUAUUCAAGGCAUACCAGACGAGCUUGGUGGUUCUUAACAAAUAAUUAGGUGUCACGUAUCUUAUUCGAGCCUACUUAGAAGCUUGUAUAAGAUACCUACUGAACCUAUCGAAUGAACUCUACAGUAAUCAAAGGGGAGUUUCGUAUAUCGAUAAAUGCCUAGGGGUGGUGCUAGCAAGACUUUUCAACAACAAACUUAUCUACCUAACGAGUCAUUAGGAUUUCAUAACGUCUCAUGGGGGUUAUUCCUAUUAACUGUUUGCGUUCGACGAAUCCUUGGGUGAUUGAAUGAACACUUGGUGCUCACACACCUCUAUAAUAAUAAUUCAUAAUCAUAUUAAGCUGCCAUUGCACAGCAGUCUUCUGCCGUAGCAGCAAGUGACAUCUUGAGUAGAACAUUGAAUCUUUCGAAGUGUGCAUUUUAUUUCUAUUCAAUUUCUCCGUUUUAUUAUGCAACAAUCGCUUUGUUUCCGGAUCAGUUACUGCGGCACCCGCUGUACGUGGCCAUCGAACGACCUGCAAACAGAUACAACCAUUUCUUGGGUUAGUUUUCCUACUGCGUGUUGAUCAUACAGGUACCACCACCUUGUGGUAGUCUCUCUCGCUGUCCGUGUUUUUCCGUCGGGUUCAUCCCAGUUUAUCGUUGAGUUAGUUGAUUCGUGGCUGUUUCGAACAUUCUUUUUAUUAAUAAGUGAUUUAAGAUUUAAGUGCAACCAUCGAUCGAUCGAUACUGCGGAAUCGCGUAUGAAAAGGUCACAGUUGUACAUGGUAUUCAGCUAAUACAAUAUUCAAGACUACCCAGUACUACCUUCUCGCUCUCCGCAUAUAUCAUAUGUAUAUAAAGCGCUCAAGGAUAACAGCCCGUCCUGAAAUGCAGAUACAGAGAGUUCCAUUGUGUAAGCCAAUUGUGCCAACGUCUGAAUCGCUAGUAAGCCCUCAUCACUGACAAGAUUUCGCUAUGUCUGGACAACGGGGAAAACAGCCGACCAUACAGCCUGAGGAUGACAAGGACGGGUUCCCGUCAUUGCGUAAAACGCCCCUAAACCCGAAUGCAUUCAGUGUGCCGUUAUUUCCAAAUGUGCCGCUAAGUAGUGGGAUGAACUCGCGGCUGCAUUAUCCGGUGCCGGACAUGUUAAGCGAUAUUUCACCGCCAUUCCAUGCUGGGUCGCAAGCCCCGGGUUCGCCGAGUAUUCAGAAACCCGAUUACGAACUGCCAUUGACAAUUGCUGGUAUUGAGAAGCAAAACGUGAAAUGGAUGGGUCUUGACGUCGGAGGCUCUCUAGCAAAGGUCGCUUAUUUUGCGCAACCGCCCGUGAAAAAGCCAGAUUACCUCCAACAGAGAUAUCUUGACAGCACCUUAAAUCAACUUCAUCUGGCUAAGUUCGAUUCAAGUAAACUCGACGAAUGCUUAAAGUUUAUCAGACGAAAAGGCCUGUCAGAAAUACAUGCGACCGGCGGAGGUUCAAUCGUGAACAAAGAUAGAAUGAAACAAGUGCUCACACGAACCUGUAAGCUUGUGCUCGAGGACGAAGUUAAAUGCGUUGUAAAAGGGGCAAACUUUCUUCUAAAAAAAGUACCAAACGAGGUAUUCAAAAAGUCGACCGAUUCGGAAAGUCAACGUUGCACUGCAGAAAAUAGCUUGGAUUGCGUGUUUCCAAUAAAUGAACCAACGUGCGACCCAUUUCCUUAUCUACUUGUACAUAUUGCGUCCGGUGUCUCCGUUGUAAAGGUCGAGUCAGAGACCCAGUUCGAGCGAGUGGGGAGUUCUACGCUGGGCGGUUCGUCAUUCUGGGGUUUAGGGUCGUUAUUGACUGGAGCAGAGGAUUUUGGUGAGUUGUGUGGCCUAGUUGAAGCGGAUCAACGUAUAGGGACAACGUACAACAUUGAACGAAUCUAUGGAAGUGACCACAAGAAUAUCUCAAGUUCAUUGGAGCGUUCCCCAGGAAGUACUCCGAAAUUUACCCACCUCGUUCCGAAUGCGGAGGGCGCUCCACAGGCAACACAAAUACCAACUUCAGUUAAACCGGACACGUGUGGCGAUGACCUAAAGCUCGAGGAUAACGUUUCUCGCAGUGAACUGGCCAUGUCACUUUUGCGUAUGAUUUCCAGCGAUAUCGCUCAGUUGGCAAGUCUGUACGCGUUGUCGCAAGAGAUCAAACGGGUCUAUUUUACUGGUUAUUUUUUGCGUUCCCGGCCAAUGUCUAUACAUCUGCUUCGAAGUGCUCUUCACUAUUGGUCAAAAGAGCAGGUUGAACCACAUUUUUUCCGGCACGAAGGUUAUUUAGGAGCGAUUGGAGCACUUAGUGCUUGUGUGGACGCUGAUGCUGAUACCGAUGAGCAGAAACACUUUCACAUGGCUUCCUGGGAAGAGAACUAUGCUUGCAGUGCAUUGCCAGACGAACCGCUCGGAGUGCAAAGUCAUGUUGCAUUCGACCGAAUCGACUGUGCUCUGGUGAUUUGUCCGUUGUUGGCGACCCCCGAUAUUUAUGUUCCGGAUAGAGAGGACUUGGUGGAAAAUGGUCAGGCUCGCGAGUACUGGUUGACCACACUGUGGAAAAGUAUGGAUAGUGUUUGUGCGAAAGCAGCCAGAAGUUGGCCCGACAUGCCACACGUGACCACCAAGUCUAAUGUAGCGAUGCUUCGAUACCGACAAAUAAUUGAGUACCUGUGGCAACAUCCCUCCACUUUCGGACCUCUGUCGGUACGUAGCCUUCUCGACAUGCGAGAGCAGUGUUUAGUCCAGUGUGGAUUCGUGGAUCCGUUUAUGAAAGAAAAAAAACAAGAAGUUACGGAAGCGUUGAGCCUAUUGUCAACAUUGGUACGAGGGCUUGAUAAUCAAGAUGUGGAAGAGCGAUGGAACAAUUUGACUCUCGGAAUUCUGCAAGGAAACGUUUUCGACUAUGGAGCACAAGCUGUUGUCAAUGAGCGGCGGGAGGCUCAAGAGCAGAAUAUUCACUUCGGGUUUGCCAACGUUCGCGACAGAAUACAAAUGGCGAAAUGUGUUCAGGGAAGCCGAGCUGCUUGGAUAUCCCGAAUGAAAGACAAUGCUGCUCCGCCCUAUCGACGAGUCGCUAUCUUCAUUGAUAACUGUGGAUUCGACCUUGUACUUGGGGUAAUACCGUUCGCACGUGAACUGCUGAAAUGCCAACAGACCUCAGUGAUACUUUGUGCCAAUUCACGACCUGCUCUUAACGACGUCACCAUUGAAGAGCUGAAAAUCAUCUCGCCCCAAAUAGCUGUGGUGGAUCAGUUGUGGCGACAAGCCGUGGAAGAGGGACGGGUCGAACUCGUCGAUUCUGGUCAGGGCUCGCCGUGUUUAGAUCUCACACGGAUUAACAGCUAUACUGCUGAAACGCUGGCCGAUUGUGACCUGCUCAUCAUCGAAGGCAUGGGUCGCGCAAUACAUACUAACUAUCUACUUAGUGACGCCUACGAGAAACGUACCUCAGAGUAUCUGAGGAUGCGGACGGAUUUCACAUGCGAUUCAAUACGCGCUGCUGUGUUGAAGACACCUUUCGUGGCUGAAAGCCUCGGUGGUCGAAUAUAUGACUAUGUUUUCUAUUUUACCGAGGGCCAAGUACGAAGCAAAGAGGACACUGAAGUUAAGCGCAGCACUAGAUAAGCGUUUUUACCUGUGUACUAUUGACACUUCCCUUUUAAUGGACACUUAUAAAAAAAAACCUAAUGCCCUUCAGUCGCCUGAAGCAAAGACGAUGUCGCUAGAUGAGCUCAUCUGUAACCGUAAAGAGCACGAAGAAGCUGAGGCUGAAGGGCAAUACAAGUAGUAAAAACAGAAGCUUCUGUGAAUCGCUUCGGCAGUGCAAGCAGUGCAAAUGUACAUAUAAGGAUUAAUGACAUGUGAAAUGCGUUAAACAAGUCCAUACGAAACAGUACACGUGACAAUAAGAUUCUGUGGGGUAACAGCAAAAAAUGGCAUUUGACGUUGAAGACAAUACAGAACGUGCAUGAUAAACAGAGGGCGCCGUCGAGUACAUAAAUACCUAAUAAGUAGUUAAUGAGGGUAAUUCAUUAACAAUCACUAAAACUGGAGCAAGGUCUUGGCGGGGCUGUGAUCCUGGUUGUAGUCUUGAGGGCAAUGAGGAGUAAGCUUAUACGAAAAGACUGGCUGUUAUCGCUCGGAGAAAAGUGUAUAUAUAUGAUCGUAAUGUUGAAGUGCACAGUGGGCAAAAGAUAACGGAUGAAUUUAUUGGGAUGAAAACGAGGAGAUAAUCGUAGUGCUUUAUAGGCAUACAUGAAAAGAAGCAAUUGUAUAAAAAAUAAAACAAAAAGAUGGUGAUUAACAGAAUAUAAACUAAUGAUAAUAUAUUGUUGACUCUAUGCUAAA